GUCAAUAGUAAAAGUAGAUGAUUCGAGUUCCUUCACCGAGAUUUUUUAUAAUAAGUAUUGUAUUUCUGUCGUAGUCGAUGUCCUACUUUCGUGUUUAUAGAGAAAAAUUUGUUUAAAAAAUGAAUAAAAGCAUGCAUUUGUUUAUGUUAACGGUGUUAUUAUGGAUUAUCAAUUUGCAUGGGGCGACAACAACAACUGACUCCAGUGAGCCUGAAGGAGAUGGAGAUCCUUGUAAAACCGGACAUCUACGUUUCCAUGAAGACACAGCUCAAACCAAAAUGGUCGUCUGUCCACGAGGUGGCUCGGUAGAGAUGAAAUGUCAAGCAUGCGGAUCACCCAAACCGACGAUAGAAUGGCAUAGGACCAAUGUACCUGAUCGCAUCAAAUGGCACGAAGCAAAGAACCGAGAAAUAACAAAUGAUAAUACAAUAUUAAAAAUCUGGAAUUGUGAUGAAUCCGAUGCUACAUCUUAUACUUGUGCAAUAUACCACAAAGUACCAAACUCGAGGAUCAUAAUGCAUGAUUUCCACAGAUUCAUUCUUCAUUUAGAUGAUAGUACAAAGUUGGAUGGAUCGCGAGAAAGUCAAAAGAUUUUUUCAUCAAAUAUAGAACCAUCGUAUUCCAGUUUUUGGUUACAUUUAAUAUCUGUAUCAAUAUUGAUCGCGGUUUUGCUAGCCGGUUUCGUCAUCUAUCGAAUUCUACAAAAAACAAGAAUACGUCUAGAAAAUAAAACAGCCGUUAAAAACAACUUCAUAUUUGCAUAAUCGAGAAAAUUUCCAACUGCAGGUAGGUACCUAAUUAGUUUGAUAACAGACGAGAAAUACUUGAACACAUCAGUCUUGAAAUCCAUUUCCAGUGAAAAAUGACAUCGUUUAUAAAUUCAGAAGUACACAUGUUUCAUUUAAAGCCCGAUUGGAUCGUAUUUGCAUCAUUAAAGAUACCAAUUCAUCAAUGUAAUAUUUUAUAGUACUCGUGUUGAUAUUAAAACAUCUUACCAGUA